GAGGAGGAGAGCGCCUGGCUCUUGAUCCCGGCCCAGAGGGGCCAAGGAGGGCCCUGGGUCUCCCCCAUGGAAGUGUAUGGGGCAGCCGCAGCUGUGGGGAGAGGCUGGGCAAAGGAGGCAGAUAGGGAAGAAUAUCUCUAUACAGAGAGAUAGGUAGAUGCUUAUGGAAAAUAAAAUGAUGCAUGUCUAGAGUUUGAGGAACAACUAUUGAAAAAAGGGAUUGGAAGGAGACUUGAGGGUUUCAAAAUCACAACAGCUGACAGGUGACCAAAGAAGAAGCAUUGAGUUAUAUCACUGUGUGUAUUCUGAAGGACAUUUUCUCAACCACAGCUCAGGUGGAAUAGAGGUGGUUCAAGGUGGGCACUUGCUUAUUCUUCAUCAAAACCUUCUGAACCUUCUAAAAAUUUAGCAGCCAUGGGAGAGAAGUCCCACAACUGCCCCUACUGUGGGAAAGGUUUCCGGCGCAACUCACACUUGACACGCCACCUUGCCACCCAUUCUGGGCUUCAGCGGCCCUUAGGUGGGAAACGCCUUGGGCAACAAGUGCCAGAGGAAGACCGCCCAUACCCCUGUAAUUAUUGCGGGAAGACAUUUGCCCGCAGUGCUCACCUAGCUCGGCACCAGGAGACCCAUUCUGGGGAGCGACCAUACAAAUGCACCUACUGUGGGAAGGCCUUUGGUCGUAAUUCCCACCUUACCCGCCACCACAGCACACACACCGGAGAGCGCCCCUAUGAGUGUGGAGUAUGCGGCAAAGCUUUCACCCGCAGCGCUCAUGUCACUCGCCAUCAGGGCACCCACACUGGGGAGCGGCCUUUCCGCUGCACCCACUGUGGCAAGCGCUUCACUCGCAGUGCCCACCUCCAGCGCCAUCAGGGCAUCCAUAGCGGAGAUAAACCCUUCAAUUGCCGAGACUGUGGGAAAGGCUUCACCCGGAAUGCCCACCUGGAACGCCACCGUGCCACACAUUCAGGCGAGAAGCCCUUCAAAUGUGCCAGCUGCGGAAAAGGAUUUGGGGCUGCCUCUCACCUUGUAAGACACCAGAGAACCCAUAAAGUUUAGUUGGCAGAAAUUUCUCCUGUCUCCACCUAAACCAGGAGCAGAAAUGGCCAGUAUAAGACAUAUUUGUACAUGUAUGGCUAUUUCUCACUUUUUUCUCCAUUCUACAAAGCCUAGAUGUUUAGCUUGUUGACCUUUGGGAGAGAACUCUGUGUAUGUAACACAUUCAGUGAUGUUUCCACAUGGUCUAUAGGGGGACAAAAGGCAAUGUGAACUUUUCCCACUCAAUUCUGCUACAACAAAGACAUUUUUAGAUGCUGGAACUACUUUUCCCCACAGGUGGGGAAGAGGCGAUACUAAACAUGCCUGAUGUCAUCUGUCUUUGCAGGUGCAAAAUAUUACAUGUGAAGGUGCUUUGAAGUCUAGCUUCUCUGUCAGGAAAGGUGCCACUCUGAAUUGCAACAAGAAUGACAUGAAAAACUCAAUGGAGAUCUGCAAGCUGUGUUUGAAUUCUUCUCCACUUCACUCCAGCAUCACUAGGGAUGUGUGGUUGUGUUACAAACACAUAAGUGGAGAUAAAACAUUUUUCUGACAAGUCUCUUGGAAUCAACAUAGAAUAGCUUUCCCUUUGACUUUAGAUCUCGAGGUUGAGGAAAUGCUGGCUUAUAGCAUAGUUAUAUCUCCCUGCAUUGCCCACUAAGACAGGAAUCUAAAGGUGUUUUUCCUUUCUCUAGAAAACUUCAAUACCCUGUGAUUAAAGAGGAAUGUGUUUUUAUUUUGAAACCAACUCUUCUAUACCACCAGCAGUCUCUGCAUCUUGCUUUACAGUUAACUAUAGUUAGCAUCUGCAGAAUGUUCCAGUGCAUGUAUCAGCCAGCCAUGCUUUCUUUUGGGAUACUCCAUUCUAUCUCCCUUGUUUUUGGCCCUUGCCUCUGCAUUCUCUGACCAUUGAACAGACUAUGUCCUCAUUGAGCUCUUUGUGGGUCGGGGCAGAGAGAUUUGCUCCCAUACAAUUUUAGCCCUAAAGAUUAUUUCUCCUUUUGGAAAUAUUAGGGUUCCGCCAGGCAUACAGCUAAUCUCUUAUUUCUUGCUAUGUUAUUUUGGUCAUAACUCAGCCCCCAAAUUUGUGAUCAGCAUAGAUGGUCAUUUAUGCUCAACUAUAGAGUAAAAUAUUGGACGCUUUACAGAUGGCGAGCUGAAGAAGAGUUAAUUACAUUCAUGUCAGCCGUUACAUGAAGUUUGGCAGAAGUCUCAACCUCUUCAGAAACUCUUGUCUCCUGUAUAUUUUGUGUCUCCCAAACCUUCAGUCUCUUCAGUGACUCUUAGCUGCUUCUGCCUCCCUAUAUCAGUGACUGAUAUAGUUAAACUGACAUGCUUCACAGCUACAUAACUCCAGUGUGGUAUAGAAAUAGUUUGUAAAAUUACAUCCAAAAUUAGUUACUGUUUAUUUUUAAAUGUCUUAAAACACAACUUUAAUUGAAUUUUGAAACGGGAUGUGGGAAUGUAAAGGGUGAGUUAUAAAUGAUACUGUCAUCUGUUUCAGCCUAAAAUGUUUAGUAUAUUCUCUUCUGCAAAAGAUACUGAUGGGGACAGUUGUAAUGAAAUGUGAACUAUUGAAGCUAUAGCUGGCACAGCCUGCUGCUGUGAAGCACACAGUAGCUGAUGUGGUUAGCAAGUUUUUUUAAGACUUAGAAACAGUCUUUUUGCUUAGACCUGUGGCCCAAGAAAAUGUUUUUCUUUGCCAUGUUCCUGGAAUUUCACCUAAAUGAUAUAUCCCAGUACCUCAUUCCCUGUGUGACUCUUAAAUAACAUGACCUUUCUUCAGAUUUGUGGCUGUUUGCGGAUAUGAGACAACUCUUCAGAAAUAAUGAGUACACAAAUGCUUGGCUAUGAUUUUUUCAUCAAGGCGCUGACAGAGGGCACCAACCAUGCCACUAACCAAGUUGAACAUGGCAUUUGGUUUUGGCAACAACAUUGGGCAUACUUGGGUGUGUAGUAUGGAUGGAUUUUAAUUUAAGCUCCUUGGAAUCAGGGAAAUGAAACUGUUCAGAAUGACUGCAAGUUUAGCAAAAAAUAAUCAUAAUGCAUUUUGUUUAGAAAAGAAAAUGAAAUGAAACUUCAUAAAUGGGAAUAAUCAGAGCCAAGAACUGACAGCAAUCUGCAGAACAAUCCCUCCCUUGGUUGUAGCAGGAGAGAAUAUAUUUUAUAAUCAUUUUAUCAGUUCUCCAAAUAACAGUCUUAAAAAUUUUUAAGCCUAGUGCAUCAUAACCAAGGGAACUGCAAGAUACAUCCAGCCAUUCUUUUCUCUCUGAAGUUUCUGAACUUGUUGUUACAAAAUGGAGGAACCAGUUCUGUACUCUGCAAUGCCUUCUUGGUAGUCGUCUUGCUGUAGGAAAACACAGAUGAAGUCCUUGAAAAGAAUACCAAGAAUGAUGGGUCAAAAUCGCUCUGCUGUAAUUUCAUAUAUUCCUCCUCUAUAUGUGUGUACACUGUGAUGCCAGCAAAGAGAGCUUGGCAAUAAGAGUUUUCUUCUUUCUAUGACUCUGAAACCAAAUUGUAUCCCAUGUUCAUUUAUCUCUUUCUAGAGUGGUAGAACAGUAUAGAAAUACUGAAACCACAAAUCUGUAUUCUUUUUGUGCUGUUAUUUGGUGUAGUAUUUUGUGCUAGUUGGCUUCUUUUGCUUAGUAUUCUCAUGGCCCAGCAGUUGCUGGCAGUGAACCUCGGAUAGUCUCCCUUAUCUUAAAUUGCCAUUACAGCCUUUUAACUGGCUCAGUGGUUGUCUCUAAGGUCAGGUUUGGCUAUUGUGAGUGGGGAUUUCUUUAGUAAAUUUGCCUCCUUUCACAGGGUGAGAUGUAAAAGGAUGCCUUUUUGUGCUCUACUUCGGAGUAUGUAUGUAAUCUCAAAUCAGUACAAAGUUACCCAAGUGAACAAGAGUACAUUCAUAGUGCAGAGUUUAUAGGAAAAAAAUACUGUACUGCUGUUCAUGAAUGUUAAAUGUGAAUACAUAGAAAAUGAGGCGGUAAUUUUUUUGUUGCACCCACCAUUUUAAAGGCAGAAAAUGGCUGCCAUUUUGAAAUAACAAUGUUGUUUCUAAAUGAAAAUAGAAAACUAGUGGAAGAACCUGUAGCAUCAGAACCUCAUUUUCCUUUUGCAGCCUUGUGGAGGUGUGUGAUGGAUCCCAGGAAAGAACUAGUCUGUCAACUGUGUAAUCCCAUAAAACGUGGGGGAAAAUUUACAAGUGUUACUUUGUUAAUUUGUCCAAAUAAAAAAAAAGAGAAGAGAAGAAUGAAGGAACGAAAGGAGAGAUAGAAAAACCAUCCUGCUCCUGAUCCUUUGCUUAAAUUGUUACAAGUAUGUAAAGUGUUUCUGCUGAAUAUAGGUUCUGUUAUGUGAUUGAUAAUUAUCAGAGCUUGGAAUUGUUACUCAAAAAACCAUUAUUUGUUAAGUCAUCCCCCCCCCCCCCCUUGAGUAAUUUAGUAUGUGCAACGUAUCCUGUUAUCAGUAUGUUGCUUUCAGUAUGGCUCCUAUAAAUCCACCCCCGUAACAUUUCUGAAAUAACAAGAAAAUUUAGCUCGUGUACGGGGAUGUAGCUAUGAGAAAGGGAAAAUGAGUGGCUCCCCCACAAGUUAAAAUAUUGGCUUUGGUGAAAUUUUCUUUUAGCCCCCCAAAUUCUAGCAUUGCAGAAAGAAACACUGAAAAUGUUUUAUACCUAGCACUUUGGUAUUUUCCGUGUUUGCAUUCCCGUGGUAACUUUGCCUGCUCUUUUCCUCUCGGUGCCUAAACUGUAUUUCUAAAUGCUCAAGAUACAGUAUAUUUUAAGUUACUGCAGUGCAAGAUGUGUGAGGACUGAAGGAACAUUUCAUUUGGGUUGACAGAAUGCUUAUUUGAGGGAGCGAGGCCCUCAUUUUAUUCUCCCUCCAGGCAGCUAACCACCUGUUUGCCUAGAGCAAUAAGAUAUUUAAAAGAAAGUAUGUGCUCCUCCUUGAUGAAAGGAAAAGAAAUUAGUAUCACAAAUUUUAAUGCUUUACUUCCAAGCUCUGCCAAUUCUGUUAAUUCUGUGGAAGCACCAUGUGGCCUCAUUUCUAAUGUGUCAGGUAUGGCAAAGGCCCGUGGGUUCCAGUUGGAGUUAAAAGUAGAAAACCUGGAAGAAAAUUGGGGAGAGUAAUUUUGUUCUGCACACUUUUUUUGUUCAGUUUUUCUAAGUGGGGAAAAAAUGGAGAAUUCUAAGAAAGGAGUCCUAUGAUAGCUUUUCUCUUAUGGAAUGAAUGAAAUGCAACUGAGGUAUGUUUUUGCCUACUGAGAAUGUAUAGUAUGAAUAUCUUUAUGUAAGACAAUCUACAGAGUUAGAGAAUGAGAAUCCUUGUCUAUACAUUAGAUAUAUAAAACACACAGUUCCCAAGUGCAUUCCCACACUUAGGGUGCUGUCCCCUUUAGGAGAAGAGCAGUCAAGGCUUUUGUUUUUGUAAAUUGUUGCUUUCCUUCUAGUAACCUUGAUGUAGUUUGGAGAUCGCUGCCACAGUGCAGAUUUAAUGCAGUUUGGCACAGCUUUAAUUGUCAUGACUACAUCCUAUGGAAUUGUGAGGUUUGUAGUUUGUUGUGGCACCAGAGCUCUGUAGCAUUGAGCCAUGACAGUUAAAGUGAUGUCAAACUGCAUUAAUUCUGCAGUGUAGAUGCAGCCAUAGUAUCCUGCAUCCACUAUCCUUUUGACCUGGGCCCUUUUGGCCCAGCACAGAUGCCCCACUACAAAACGGUCGGAUUUUGUACUUUGGGGGUCACAAUCCAUUGCAGAAAUACCUGUUUGUAAGUUCUAGUAAAUAAAAUGGGUCCUACUUCUGUGUAAAAAUGCACAAAUGUUUCUGCAAAACAAGUAGCAUUUUAUGUGCUAAUCAAAUUACAAAUGAUUAGUGUCAUGUUGUUAAAGCAUUUUUAAGUUUGAUAAGUAAAUAUUUCAUAGAAUUCCACCCCAUAUGUUUGUAUGUGUGCAUGUUUAUUCUUUCUAGGAAAAAACCUCCCAGGGCUUCAGAAUUUCUGGAAGUGUUUAAUCUCUGCCUAGAAAAGCUUCUCAGUCACUGCACAGAACCUCUCACACUGUUUAGUUUAUCUGAUCUAUGCGUUUGGUAAGAAAACAGCUGUAGGACAGAACUUACAAACUACUGUACAAACGUUUUUUUAAAAAAUUGAAAAGCUGUAUAAUGUAUAUAGAUGAUUUUUUUCUUUCAGAGCUGGUGACAGUAUUGUAACACAAUCAUUGCUGGUGAUAUAUGUUCGAAUUUUUUUUCUGUACAAAAGUAGAUUCUGGUAAAACCAGUUAUGCAGAUUAUGUAGUAGUACAGUACUUCAAUCCAUCCCUAGAGAAAAAGCAGAAAUAAGCUCCAACGUAGCUACAAUCUGUCCAUUUUUCAUAGUGACUUUUUCAGUAGUGGAAUGCAUAUGUUGAGCCAUUUUCUUGGUGCAGACAUUCACCCUCCGUUUUAUGGAAAGGAUUAAUUUAGCCCACUCAUCCCUACUGUCGUGUAAUUCUGAUUCUGUGGGGAACCAGAAUUCAUGCAAAGAAUGAAUGACAUUAGUAAUUACAGUUCCCUCCUAGGAUUGUCACUGGUGCAUGUCAGAAGAGAGGAAAGGGAUCAUUAAAAGAGUGUCCAAAUCUGCUUUAGCAUUUGCAUAUAUUAAUUUAUUUGUCUAGAUGGAGAUAAUGACUAUAAUUUAAGCAGAAAGAAGCCCAAGGUUACUAUAUACUCAUACUUUUAGCAUAUGGUCAUACACAACCAUAUUUUAUAUGGUUGUCCUAGAAGACUUUGACCUCUGAUAGAUUGUUGACAGUAACAUUGGUUUGCAAUUGAUCCUUUAAUGAAUUGUUUCCUAGACCAUACAGUGAGUUUGCUGUAGUGAGUUGCACCUUUCCUGCUACCUGUUUUGGAAUGAAAAAGACCUUUGCUCUGUUAAAAUCAUGAGGGACAAGAAAAGGGGGCUAAAUAUAUAUAAUGACUAAUCUCUACCCUUUCACAGGUAAAGAAAUCAGAAUAGGAAGCCUUUAACUCUGCAGAUUUUCUGAAUUACAACUCCCAUCAUCCACUAACUGGGUGUGCUGGCUGAAGGUUUUGGAAGUACCAAGCCAUUUGGAGAGCCAAAAGUUCUUCAUCUUUGAUUUAAAGUAUGUUCUAAGAUGGGAUGUAAAUGCUAAAAUUCUAGUUGUAUGUGUGUUAGGACUUUAAAAAAACCCUGCAUUUAAAAAAAAAGCACAGCAGGGGAAACUUUUUAUCUUGUCUGUCUGCCAGCCAUGAUGUUUUUUGUUUGUUGAGUGUGUUGGUAUGGGGUGUCUUUGAAAAGAUAAUCUUGCAGUAAUGAGAAAAGGUAUUAUCAGUUUUACCCUUCUCAUCCUGUUGCUUGUAUAGGACAGGUCACAUUCUUCAAGAAUUGUGCUUGGGCUGAUGUACCAUGUUCUGUUCACAUUAGCCAAUGCUUUUACUUUAUUGACUGCUUCCUGACAGCAGUCUUUCUCAGUUAAUAGCAACACCAGGGAACACUUAGGAAGGUGGGGAGGCACAGAAGGGAUGGUGUGUAUAUUGGAUUGUGUUCUAUUCCAAAUGUUUGAUUACUGGAAUAAAAAAUAAUCAUAUUUCCCCUUAAUGUUCCCAUCUUAAACAUUUUUCUCUGAAUUCAAUAUUACCAGUUUUGAUAGAGUUAACUUUCCAGUAAGCACAUUCAGGAUCAAAUGCAUUCUUUUAAUUUCUAGUUAAUUAUUUAGUAGGUGUUGCCAGGCAGAAGUGUCAUCUCUGGCCUCCAGCUUGCUCCCCUUCCUAGCCUAAUGCCAUCUGUGGGGUCAGUUCUGCUAAGACACUCACUUUACAUUGGUUCAGCUUGACCUUCCUGAAUCUGACUUUGUCUUUUUGAAGGGGUUAGGUAUUGCUUACGUAUUGUUUCCGGGCGGGGAUAUGCUAGCAUUGAUUUUGAAUUGUUUUGACUCUUUUUGUAUUUCUAUUAUUAAUAUUAUUGCCAAUGGGUAUGCCUUAACAAAGUAGUUAUAAAUGCUGUUGCAGUUGUACCAUAUCCAAAUUGAACUUCAGGUUCUCCUCUACAAUUUAUUACUCAUCCAGGUAUUGCCCUUGGUAUCUUACUCUGUUUUCCUGUUGUACUAACAGUGUCUGUCUUUUCUCUGUAUGAAAUAAACCUUUUCCCCUCCCAGAUUCUGAAA